AGAGAACCUGUAGGAGAAGACUCAAACCCACAGCCCAGAGAGUGACCAGCAUCUACAAGACCCACAAUGGCUAGGCUCUGUGCUUUCCUCAUGAUCCUGGUAAUGAUGAGCUACUACUGGUCAGCCUGUUCUCUAGGAUGUGACCUGCCUCACACUUAUAACCUCGGGAACAAGAGGGCCUUGACAGUCCUGGAAGAAAUGAGAAGACUCCCCCCUCUUUCCUGCCUGAAGGACAGGAAGGAUUUUGGAUUCCCCUUGGAGAAGGUGGAUAACCAACAGAUCCAGAAGGCUCAAGCCAUCCUUGUGCUAAGAGAUCUUACCCAGCAGAUUUUGAACCUCUUCACAUCAAAAGACUUGUCUGCUACUUGGAAUGCAACUCUACUAGACUCAUUCUGCAAUGACCUCCAUCAGCAGCUCAAUGACCUCAAAGCCUGUGUGAUGCAGGAACCUCCUCUGACCCAGGAAGACUCCCUGCUGGCUGUGAGGACAUACUUCCACAGGAUCACUGUGUACCUGAGAAAGAAGAAACACAGCCUCUGUGCCUGGGAGGUGAUCAGAGCAGAAGUCUGGAGAGCCCUCUCUUCCUCAACCAACUUGCUGGCAAGACUGAGUGAGGAGAAGGAGUGAGUCCUGAGACAAAGUGUGGAGAGGACUUUUCUGGACCAGAACACUGCAUCUCACUUUAUAAGCUCUCCUUUAAAAACUCUCAUAACUUUCAUAUAUGAGUACAAACAACCUGCAUAGAUGUUUCAGCAAUCUUGAGCAAUUCUUUUCAAUAUGCAAAACCGUGUUUGUAUCUGAAUCCAUUUGCUCUUUCUUAUUUGUUUGUUUGUUUAUUUAUUUAUUUAUUUAUUUAUUGUGCUAUUAAUAUAAUUUAAGGUAAUUAUGUUAAAUAUUUCAGUCUCAUAUUUUUAAUAUAUCAUGUUAUCAUUUGUAAUUAACUUAUUUUCUAUUCAAAUAAAUUUGAUUCAUAAGACA